GCCGCCCUCGCCUCUCUCCCGCCCUCUGGUGGCCCACGUGGGUGGAGGUUUCCAGAAGCGUCGGCCCUGAGGUUGCCCACUCGCCAUCACCCUCGCCAUGCUCGCCAUUUCUCGCCUGGCCCGGCCCUGGGCCUGCCCCAACGCUCUGCUCAAGGAUGGCUGGAAUGGGCUCAGUCACGAGGUCUUCAGGCUCCUCUCCCGGAGAGAUUACGCAUCCGAAGCGAUCAAAGGGGCGGUCAUCGGCAUCGACCUGGGCACCACCAACUCCUGCGUGGCCGUUAUGGAGGGAAAACAAGCGAAGGUGCUGGAGAAUGCCGAAGGGGCCCGGACGACGCCGUCGGUGGUGGCCUUCGCGGCGGACGGCGAGCGGCUGGUGGGCAUGCCGGCCAAGCGGCAGGCCGUCACCAACCCCAACAACACCUUCUACGCCACCAAGCGCCUCAUCGGCCGGCGCUACGAUGACAGCGAGGUCCAGAAAGACAUCAAAAACGUUCCCUUCAAAAUCGUGCGUUCCUCCAACGGUGACGCCUGGGUGGAAGCCCACGGGAAACUCUACUCCCCCAGUCAGAUCGGAGCCUUCGUGUUGAUGAAGAUGAAGGAGACCGCAGAAAACUACCUUGGGCACGCUGCGAAGAACGCUGUGAUCACCGUCCCCGCCUACUUCAACGACUCGCAGAGACAGGCGACCAAGGACGCCGGCCAGAUCGCCGGCCUGAACGUCCUGCGGGUGAUCAACGAGCCGACGGCCGCGGCCCUGGCCUACGGCCUGGACAAAUCCGAAGACAAGGUCAUCGCAGUGUACGACCUGGGCGGGGGCACUUUCGACAUCUCGGUCCUGGAGAUCCAGAAGGGAGUGUUCGAGGUGAAGUCGACCAACGGCGACACCUUCCUGGGCGGCGAAGACUUCGACCAGGCCCUGCUCCAGCACAUCGUGAAGGAGUUCAAGAGGGAGACGGGGGUCGACCUGAUGAAGGACAACAUGGCUCUGCAGAGAGUGCGGGAGGCCUCGGAGAAGGCCAAGUGCGAGCUGUCCUCCUCCGUGCAGACGGACAUCAACCUGCCGUACCUGACCAUGGACGCGUCGGGGCCCAAGCACCUGAACAUGAAGCUGACGCGGGCCCAGUUCGAGAGCAUCGUAGCCCACCUCAUCAAGAGGACGGUGGCCCCCUGCCAGAAGGCCAUGCAGGACGCCGAAGUCAGCAAGAGCGACAUCGGGGAGGUCAUCCUCGUCGGGGGCAUGAGCAGGAUGCCCAAGGUGCAGCAGACGGUGCAGGACCUGUUCGGCCGGGCCCCGAGCAGAGCCGUCAACCCGGACGAGGCCGUGGCCAUCGGGGCCGCCAUCCAAGGGGGCGUGCUGGCCGGGGACGUCACGGACGUGCUCCUGCUGGACGUCACCCCCCUGUCGCUGGGCAUCGAGACCCUGGGAGGCGUCUUCACCAAGCUCAUCAACAGGAACACCACCAUUCCUACCAAGAAGAGUCAGGUGUUUUCCACGGCCGCCGAUGGACAGACCCAAGUGGAAAUCAAAGUCUGUCAGGGGGAGCGAGAGAUGGCUGCAGACAACAAGCUUCUUGGCCAGUUCACUCUGAUCGGCAUCCCUCCAGCCCCCCGGGGCGUCCCUCAGAUCGAAGUCACCUUCGACAUCGACGCCAACGGGAUCGUCCACGUUUCCGCGAAGGACAAGGGCACCGGGCGUGAACAGCAGAUCGUGAUCCAGUCUUCCGGGGGGCUGAGCAAAGACGACAUCGAGAACAUGGUCAAGAACGCCGAGAAGUAUUCCGAGGAAGACCGACGGCGGAAGGAAAGGGUGGAAGCCGUCAACAUGGCAGAAGGCAUCAUUCAUGACACGGAAACAAAGAUGGAGGAAUUUAAGGAUCAGCUGCCAGCGGAUGAGUGCACCAAGCUGAAAGAAGAGAUUGCCAAAAUGAGGGAGCUCCUGGCUCGCAAAGACAGCGAGACGGGCGAGAGCAUCAGGCAGGCGGCCUCCUCCCUGCAGCAGGCAUCGCUGAAGCUGUUCGAGAUGGCGUAUAAAAAGAUGGCGUCCGAGAGAGAGGGCAGCGGCGGCUCGUCCGGGGACCAGAAGGAAGACCAGAAGGAAGAGAAGCAAUAGAGGGGCCUCCGGCAUCCCGGAGGCCGCGAGAACGGAUCGGGAAGCUUGGGGCCGAAGGAGCUGAAAGGACCGUCCCGAGCAGCAAAGGGCAAAAUUCAGUCUUACUGUGUUUUUGCAGUAUUCUAUAUAUCUUCCUCUUACCGUAUCACUUUAGCGGACGCGUUAGCGGAUUAGCGGCGGAGCAGAGGGCAUCCGGGCGCUCCCCAGUUAUUAAGUGUUCAUCCCCAGCUUGCCGGGAACUCCCAGUCGCACGUGGGGCCGGGGUCGGGGGCGCUUUCACCGGUCCUUCGGCAAACGGGGACACCCCGACACGAGACGUGGGGGGCGAAGGGCGCGGGCCGGGGCCCUCGCCGGGCUCCGGCUGGCUGCCGGAGAGAGGAGAGGGACAACUGCUCCAGCGAGAAAUGUCCCUUUUCCGAAGGGGGGAAAAGGCGGGAGGCGGGGGGCCCCGAAGAUUCCUGGCCUCUGCUUUGGGAAACCUACGUCCUUGUUGAUUGUUCUGUUGAUCCAUUCUGGAUUUUUUUUUUUUUUUAAAGAAUAAAUGUGAAAGGUU